UGACGCCAUCAGACCGCGCUGGGCAGCUAUCUGCGCAGUUGUGUUUUAUCGGAUUUGCGGAGUUGUCGCUGCUCUAAGUGAAAUAAAGUUCAGCACGUCUGUUUGCAGCCCCGCGGGGAACUCUGAGUUCAGCAGCGGGACCAAACCGGCACGGUCCGAGUCAGAUCAGGGACCCGAGUCGUAGUUCGUUGUUUUCUUUCUGACGCAGCUAGCAGUUAGCGUCGUUAGCUCAGGUGUGUGCUCGAUUUUCGUCUCUCAGAUGGAAUAUCCCGGAGGAGGGGGGGCGGUGCUGAGCAGCGGGAACGUCCCGGCCUUCCUGACCAAAUUGUGGACCCUGGUGGAGGACCCGGACACCGACCCGCUUAUCUGUUGGAGUCCGAGUGGUACCAGUUUCCAUGUGUUCGACCAGGGGCGGUUUUCCAAAGAAGUUCUGCCAAAGUUCUUCAAGCACAACAACAUGGCCUCUUUUAUCCGCCAACUCAACAUGUGUGAGUAACCAGCAAGGUUAGCCCCACCUCUGAAUGAUAGCUUGUUCAGAGAACCCAAUCUGACCUGUCCUGUCCAACUCCUUGGUAACGGUAUGCUGUGAUUGGAACAGGUGUCAUCAGUGCGUCAGGAUGAUGCAAAAAUCUGUGCGGAGGAAGUGAAUAAGAUCCUGAACGAUGUCCAGUUGAUGAAGGGAAAACAAGAAACCAUCGACUCCAGGAUCGUCACAAUGAAACAUGAGAACGAGGCUCUGUGGAGAGAGGUGGCCAGUCUGAGACAGAAACACACUCAGCAGCAGAAAGUUGUCAACAAGCUCAUACAGUUCCUGGUGUCUCUCAUUCAGUCCAACAGACUGCUAGGAGUCAAGAGGAAGAUUCCUCUGAUGCUCAACGACUCUGGCAACACCCACUCAAUGCCCAAAUAUAGCCGUCCCUUCUCAUUGGAGCAGGCUGCAGCCAAUCUCUUCUCAGCUGACACCUCUGUGACUUCAGGACCCAUCAUUUCUGACAUCACAGACAUGGCCACAUCUGGUUCAGAUGAAUUGGCUAGUGAUUGGACGGACCAAGGAGAGAGCCAAUCAGUCGAUAUCAAAGAGGAGCCGUCCAGUCCGGAGGUGGAGGUGUGUCCUGUUCUGGAGGAAGUGGCUGCACCAGUGGACACGCCCCUCUCCCCCACCACCUUCAUUAACUCCAUCCUAGAGGAGAAUGAGCCACCCACCCCAGUCACCUCCAUGAGCAGUGCUCCCACUGCCAGUCCCAUUGUGGUGAUGAGCCCCGUCUCCACUGGCCCCCUGACUUCUGCCUCAUCCACCCAAUCACUCACCUCUGUUACCACAGCAAACACAGCCCCCAGCACAACAACACCUCAGAAGAAAUGUCAAGCCAUCGCCUGUAUUGACAGACCCCGCCCCCUUCCCUCUGCAGGUGGACUCCCACCUGAUGUUUGGCGGUUCCUCUCAGCACAACCUGACAAGUCUGAGCUUUUGGAUCAUGUGGAUAGUAUCGACAGCGGCUUAGAGAACCUGCAGAACAUACUCAACACACAGACGUUCUCCUUCGAUACAGUUCCACUUAUUGAGUUUUUCAGUUCAUCUGGCUCGCCUGCAGACUUUGACCUCGACAGUUUGGACAACCUGCUGUCUGAUGAAGCUCCUAAGGGAAGUGAAGAAAGCGGAACAGGAAAGCAGCUGGUUCAGUAUACACCUGUCCAAACGUCUGAAUCUGACAGCGGGGCCGACCUGCCGGCGCUGCUGGAGUUGGAAACUGAGCCAUUUCUCAGCUCUGACCCCCACACCGAGGACCCAGGCACCACCUUGUUGAACCACGUCAAUCUGGACUCCCACCUCUGACCUCUUGAGUAACCAUAGCAAUGUGACACCUGAGCACUGACUCAGUAGCAGCAAUAGAUGAGAACAGUCAAUAGGUCAAAGGUUGUGUUUUUAUUACACAGAUGUUAUUGAUAUUAAUCUGUCUUCUUCUUCUACUCUUGUUCUUUUCUUCUUUGUUGAAGCUUAAAUGGAAGCCUUUGUUGCUGUUGAAUGCGUUUUGCAUGUUGAAGUCAGAUUUUAUGGUCAUUAUUUUCUUGUGUAAAAUAGAUUGAAAAGAAUCAGAAUAUUUUUAUCAACAAGUGCUGUGCGACCUGACUGACUGCCCACCCAUAUGAAAGAGCCAUGUGGAUCAGUAUUAUUUCUCAUUAGUUUGUUUCCAUCAGUUUAUAUUACUAUUAUAUUCAGUUUGUUUCCGAAACAUGAGUUCACAUCACUGCUCACUGCUGUGUCCCCAUGUUUCAGAAAUACUGCAGAGACGUGUCUGAGAUGGUAUGAGAGCCUUUUUUGACUUGUAUAUUAGAGAUGCUUUGGAUCAGGUUUGAGAUUCUUGUCUGCAGAAGCUUCAUGGAUGGAACUCUGAAGGUAACUGACAGAAACCAAAUGAUGGUCCGUGCUGCCAAUUGUGUUUGUGUUUGCAAGGCCAGUUUAAGGAAACUUUGUUUGAAUUUGUCAGGGUUGCACGUUGUUAUGUCAUCAGACACAGGGUUAACAUUCCUCACAGCUUCACUUGGUUAAAGUUUAAACAAAGGCCGAGAUCUCAACCACAUUUCAGGCUCAGUGCUGUGAUACAGGGCUCAUCUGUGAUGUCGUCAUUCUUACUGAGCAGCUUUUCUGUAUGCUAAGUCUCCUGUGGCUCACCUGAACCAGUCGUCUCUUUGAUGGCUAAGAAACACCUGAAGUCCUGAGGAUAUUUUAUUGGUCACAUGGUCAGAGCUGAACAAACAGAAAGCUCCCUUCAGUGUUAACACAUCUGUUAAUAUAGUACAAUUAUAUUUAAGGCAAGUGGUAAAUCCACCCGAGUCCUCCAGGCUAACAUGAUGGCGCUCCACGUGUAGAGAGGACAAAGACGGGGUCAAAGGGCAGAUGAAAUGUUGAUGUAUUCUGACUGUAAAAUUUUGAUUCAAUAAAAUGUUUUUAAACAGCA